GGGCAUCUUGCGGGAAUAGGGCACGUGGCCGCGAGCGCAAGCUCCUAACGGUCCCGGGUGGGAGGGCAGGUGCGAGCCAAGGUUCGGGGCUGGGAAGCGGCCUCGCGGGCCUCGCAGCCUCGGCGGCGCAGAUGCGCAGGUUCGGAUGCUUCCGCCUGCGCCAAUCUCGACCCUCCUCGCGUUCCGUUCGUGCGUCCGAGUCGAGUCGGGCGGCGGAGCGGGCUGGACCGCGGCGGGCGGAUGGCGGACUCGCAGGCGUUCUGCGUGGCCGAGGAGCGCAGCGGCCACUGCGCGGUGGUGGACGGACACUUCCUCUACGUGUGGGGGGGCUACGUGUCUAUUGAAGACAAUGAAGUCUAUUUGCCUAAUGAUGAAAUUUGGACCUAUGAUAUUGAUAGUGGGUUAUGGAAAAUGUACCUAAUGGAAGGAGAACUCCCUACCUCCAUGUCAGGAAGCUGCGGGGCUUGCAUUAAUGGAAGGCUGUAUGUGUUUGGAGGCUAUGAUGACAAAGGAUACAGCAACCGACUUUACUUUGUUAAUUUACGAACGCGAGAUGGAACUUACAUUUGGGAAAAAAUCACCAAGUUUGAAGGACAACCACCCACACCACGUGAUAAACUUUCCUGCUGGGUGUAUAAAGACAGAUUAAUAUAUUUUGGUGGUUAUGGGUACAGGAGACACAAUGAACUUCAGGACUGUUUUGAUGUUCAUGAUGCAUCUUGGGAAGAGCAGAUAUUCUGGGGGUGGCACAAUGAUGUCCAUGUAUUUGAUACAAAGACACAGACUUGGUCUCAACCAGAAAUUAAAGGUGGCGUUCCACCGCAGCCACGAGCCGCGCAUUCCUGUGCAGUUCUUGGAAAUAAAGGCUAUGUCUUUGGCGGACGUGUUUUGCAAACUAGGAUGAAUGACUUGCAUUAUCUAAAUUUGGACACCUGGAUUUGGUCUGGAAGGUUAUGGCACACAGCCUGUUUGGGAAAAGAAAAUGAAAUAAUGGUAUUUGGUGGGAGCAAAGAUAAUCUCCUUUUCUUGGAUACAGGUCACUGUAAUGAUUUAUUGAUCUUUCAAACACAGCCCCAUUCACUACUCAGGUUGUGCCUUGACUGCAUUGGUAAAAAUGCCAUCAUUUUAAAAAGUCAAAUACCUUUAUUACCUCCUAAACUUCUACAGCAAGUACUCAAAAAAAUAACAUUUUGGACUGCAGCCAAUUACCGAAAAGAACAAAGAAUCCAAAAAGAAGAAACAGAAAAUAAGUAUCAGUGGAUCAGUGGCCGCUGAAUUGCUCUAGGCUUUGUAUGUGAAAGCAUUUUAAUCAGUCUACACAUCUACCCUUCCAAUUUCGGGCUUUAUUUAAAGGAUAAAGUUUGAAACAAAAAAUGCUCUGUUAACAUGAUUACAUGGUAUGGGAUAUAUAAAAAAAGAUAUAAAUGCAUUUAUCUAUAUUUAUAAAUUGGUUUACUUAACAGAAUAAGUAUUCUUUCUAAAAGUAAGUUCAGUUAUAACAGAUCUUAACUCAAUACACACUGUUUUCUGGAAAGAUUGUAUAAAUUUGGAAUUACCCUAAAAACUUCAGAAAUCCCCUAACAUGAGUGUAGAUGAAUAUAUAAAAAUACAUAUUAACUUUCAUAAAGAAUAAAUUUCCUCAUUAAGAUUACCUAAGUGUUUCCUUAAAUAACAUUAUUACAGCGCUUCUGUCCCUUUGAGUGUGGGAACCGUGCUCAGUUCUGUUUGUAUUAUCCCUAAGAGCUGUUUUUAAGCAUAUAAAGUGGAGGUGUAUUUAUCAUACAGGUGUUGAAAUAUUGGGAUGUGAUGUAGUAAUACCUUUCAAGAUGUGUUAAAAUAUAUUUUGCCUUGGAAAAGUGUUUCUAAAGCAAUUUUUGUAGGUAACGUGGCAUGGUGGUCCACUAUUUCUGGCUCUAUAAAAGCCCCCAAUUUGACCCCAUCCUCCUGUACAGAGCUGAUGCUCCCAACACCACAGUGUUCAAACUCUAGUAUCUUCUCUUGUUUUUAGUGUUACCAUUUAUCCAGCAGUGGGAAACUGUUCCUUUCUAUUCCUCAGAAUGGUACUUUUGCCAUAGUUGAAGCACUGUCUGUAUUAUCAGCCAUGCCCUUCCCGUAACUUCCUGCUUAUGGUUCAUUACUGAAAAGUUCAACACAUAGCAUUAUUCCCCACACUGUCACCAUGCAAGUUAUCUCUGAACUUUAAAAUGCUAUAAAAAUAUAUUUCUAUAUUGAAAUGUGUAUAUAAUUUAUAGUGAAUCUUUUUAGUAUUUGUUAAAUUGUAGAUAAAUGUUUUAUACCUGCUGCAUUUUGGAUGUGUAAAGCUUCUAUUUAUGUAUUUGGGUAUUUUGUUGUUUACAUUUUAUUUAUUGAACAAAGUACACAGAAUCGCUGUUUCAUAGCUUUGUCAGUAUGGACCAAUCAGAGGCACUUGUGUAAAAAAAUUCAGUGUGUGGUGACAACAUGGUUCAUCAGGUAGAAGCAUUAAGUCCAGUGAUCUGAGUUUGAUCCCCCACCCCAGUGUAAAGGUGAAAGGAGAGAACUGACUCCAUCAAAUUGUUCUCUGGCCUCCACAUGUAUGCUGUGGCAUGUGUGCUCACACAUACAUCAUGUACACACACACACAAACACAGUAAAAUCGAAUAAAUAAUUUUGAUGUGAAUUUUUCUUACUAUUUUUAGUCUGCAUAACAAACUUGGAAAGUAAAUUGCACAAGUAAUACACUUCUUUGGGGGGCAUUAUUAUGAAUUUAAACAUUAGCAUUUUAUAAUUAAGGCAAAAAUAUACCCAAACUUAAUCAGAUGGCUGGUGAUGGGGCAGAAUAUGAUGUCUGGGAAUGUAUGGAAUGGAGGAGGCGGCUGGGGCUCAACAUAUCUGUCAGAUGCACACUCCCAGGGACCUAUUCCCAUCAGCAAGAUCCAAUUUCCUAGUUUCCAGCUCCAGAUAAGGAGCACCUGUUUCAUGAAUACAGAUACUUUCAUAUUCAAACCCCAGCAUCCCAUCCCUAGUGCACAUGGUUGUAGCCCUAGCUGGCCUGGAGCUCACAGAGAUUCACCUGUCUCUGCCUCCCAGAUGCUGAGAUUAAAGGUGUGUGCACCAUGCUCAGUGAGUCCCCAAAGUCUUAACAAGUCCAAGAUCAUUCAGAGGUCCUAAUUCAAAAGUCUCUGAGGAUCAAGACAAAGACUUAGCUGAGUCCCUCUUCCUGGCUUCGGGAUAUCUAAGCAUUGUUCCUAAUGAUCUAGCUUACAGCAGAGGAGACAGAAUCCUGGUCCUGGAUUCUGAGCAUAUCUAGUUUCUGGGGUAUCCCUGUGCCCUACCUUAGAAUAUUCUGGCACCAGCAAUCACAAGGUAACAGACAUUGGGGUAGAACACCGGGCUGCUGUGGCAGCGUGCAAGUGUCCUGAGCACAGGUGCUGAUCUUUGAGUUUGUUCAGCUUUUCACUUCUUGUGAGGAUGGUGUGGUGGCUUUUUAGGUUCCUCACAGGCCAGAUCAGAAGCUGGAAGUCCCCAAGAAUAUUUUUUUAGUGAAAGAAUGUUGUGCAGACAUUCUGUGGUAAGACAGUUAAUAGUGUCAUUAGUCACUGAAUUUCAAAUGCCCUAUAAGGAACUUUUUAAUUGUUUUAUCUUUAUGAGGACAAUCUUAUUCUUUCUGAAUUUUCUACAUUAUUAUUUAUUUACUGUGGGGUGGCACAUAAACAGGUCAGAGAAUAGCUUGUGGGAAUUGGUUCUUCCCUUUCACCAUAUAGGCACUGAGGAUUGAACUUGGGCUGUCCAGCUUGGCAGCAUGUACCUUUACUUGCUGAGUUAGCUCUCUGGCUGGAGAAUCUUAUUCUUAGAUUGACUCUAAUUUUCUCUAUAUCUGAUAAGAUGGAGCAGUUUAUAAGCAAUGUUUGAAAAGUUAGAGGUCUUCUGUUGCUUUGCUAAGACAACUCAAGGAUUUCUAAAAUGUUUUUAUUUUAUGAGUGUUGUGCUUGUACGUAUGUAAAUACCCCUAAGGGCGUGCUGUACUUGUGGAGGCCAGAAGAGGGUGUUGGAUUCCCUGGAACUGGAGUUAUGGAUGGUUGU